GGACUAUCAUAAUUUUCCUAAACAGUUUGGUAAAUAUGUCAAACAGCUGAUGUUCAAUUGAUAAGAUUCCUAAAUUGCUGCAGUUGGUAAAAUUAGAAAUAAUUUUUUUUUUCUUUUUAUAAUUUUUAUAUAUUUAUAAUAUUUUCUACUAUGCUAGAUUUAAUUAGAAAAAUAAAAGAGUAUGUUUAUCUUGCAUAUAAUAUUAUUUUGCAGAAAAUAUUAAGUAUAUAGAAAUGUUGUGCGACCGUUAUAACGGUUUAGCUGUGCAAUCUCUCCCUCCCUCUUUCCUCUCUCCCUCUUCUCUCUCCCUGCCUCCCUCCCUCAUUCCAAUCUAUCUUCAUACCUUUUCCUCGGAAAAUUAUAUUGUCUCUCUCUUCUGCAAACUCAAAUUAAACUCCAUUAAUGGUAGAAUUUUGAAGUUUAAAUGUCAUCGGGAGUUUCUGUUGAUUGAUAUUACCCCAUGGUAGUUGGUCACGUUUGCCUUGAAGGUAUCUAUGUGACCUGUGCUACAAAAUGUUUGAUUGUGGUUACAAGUCACAGUACAUUGGUGGCCAGAGGGAGAAAUUUGUGAGAUUGGAUGAUUUGGACUCUACAUUGUCAUUGGAAACUAGCAUUACGGCAAACAGAGGAAUGAAGAAAUUCUGGUUGAGUUUAGAAGGAUUCUCCCUUAGCGGGAGCGGAGCGAAGAAUCCUAGACAAUCUUUCACGGUUGGGAUGAAAAAGGGAUCAGAAGGACUGAUAACAAUUGGUCGACAUAUAAAAACUGGAGUCACUCGUGCAGUAUUUCCUGAGGAUCUUAAAGUGUCUGAGAAAAUGAUAUUUGAUCCUCAAGACAAAUCUCUCCUCCUAUGGAAUAGGCUUUUUGUCAUGUCCUGCAUUCUCGCAGUGUCUGUUGAUCCUUUGUUCUUUUAUCUACCAGUCUUUAACUAUAAAAUGGCGUGUCUGGGCAUGGAUACAAAGCUAGCAGCCGCAAUUACGUCUGUCCGGACAAUGCUUGAUGCUUUCUAUCUGCUUCGGAUGGCACUUCAGUUUCGUACAGCUUAUGUUGCGCCAUCGUCGAGGGUCUUUGGCCGAGGUGAACUUGUCAUAGAUCCUGCACAGAUUGCUGCCCGUUAUUUAGGUCGUUAUUUCACAGCUGAUUUCCUUUCUGUGCUCCCCUUCCCACAGAUAGUGGUAUGGAAAUAUCUUAAUAACAAAAAAAAAGGUUCAGAGGUAUUGGCUACUAAACGAACGUUGUUAGGUCUCGUCUUUCUUCAAUACAUCCCAAGAUUUCUCCGCUUUGUUCCUUUGGCUUCAGACCUAAAAAAGACAGCUGGUGCUUUUGCUGAUAGUGCCUGGGCUGGUGCUGCAUACUAUUUGCUUUGGUACUUGCUUGCCAGUCAUAUAGCUGGGGCUUUCUGGUACUUACUAGCUGUCGAACGCAAGGACACAUGCUGGCAGAAAGCUUGCACUGAAAGUAUAAAAUGUGACAUAAGCUUCUUAUACUGUGGAAAUAAGAUAUUGCCAGGUUUCCAUGAGUGGCGAAGAGUCAGCGAUGAUGUCCUUUCAAACAACUGUAGUGUAGAUGAUGAUGGCAAUUCAUCAUUUCAUUAUGGAAUCUACACACAAGCUAUGUCAUCAGACAUUGUAGCUUCAAGGAAAUUCGUCACUAAAUUCUUUUACUGUUUAUGGUGGGGCUUGCAGAACUUGAGUACACUUGGUCAGGGUCUUCAAACCAGCACCUAUCCUUUAGAGGUUCUAUUUUCCAUUGCAAUAGCCAUUUCUGGGCUUAUCCUCUUUGCGCUUCUGAUUGGAAACAUGCAGACCUACCUUCAGUCCAUUACAAUUCGUCUAGAGGAGAUGAGAAUCAAAAGGCGUGAUUCGGAGCAAUGGAUGCAUCAUCGCUUGCUUCCAGAGGAGCUCAAGGAGCGAGUCAGGCGAUAUGAUCAAUACAAAUGGUUGGAAACUCGGGGAGUGGAUGAAGAAAGUUUGGUCCAAAAUCUACCAAAAGAUCUCAGAAGAGAUAUCAAGAGACAUCUUUGUUUAAAUUUGGUCAGAAGGGUUCCUCUAUUUGCCAAUAUGGAUGAAAGGCUGCUAGAUGCUAUAUGUGAAAGACUGAAGCCAAGUCUAUACACAGAGCAAACUUAUAUAGUCCGUGAAGGUGACCCUGUCGAUGAGAUGCAAUUCAUUAUUCGUGGCCGUCUAGAGAGUGUGACUACUGAUGGUGGAAGGAGUGGAUUUUUCAACAGAGGAUUCCUAAAAGAAGGAGAUUUUUGUGGAGAAGAGCUUCUAACUUGGGCACUAGACCCUAAAGCUGGUACUAGCUUACCAUCAUCUACAAGAACAGUCAUGGCCCUAACUGAAGUAGAGGCUUUUGCCUUAGAAGCUGAAGAGCUGAAAUUUGUUGCAAGUCAGUUCAGGCGUCUUCAUAGCAGGCAAGUGCAGCAAACAUUCCGUUUUUACUCACAGCAAUGGAGGACUUGGGCUGCCAUAUUAAUACAAGCUUCUUGGCGUAAGUAUGCAAGGAGGAAAGCGGCAGAACUGCGUAUGCAAGAAGAAGCAGCAGAAUAUGAUGAGGAAGAUGAUGAUGGUGACGACGACGAGAAGGCGUUAGUUCCACCAAGUAGUUUGUGCAGGCUUGGUGCGACAUUUCUUGUUUCUCGGUUUGCAGCCAACGCUCUUCGUGCACACAGGCUUCGCAGCGCAAGUAGUGGUCCAAGUUUGCUGACGCCACAGAAGCCCCCGGAACCUGACUUUAGCGUAGAUGAGUAGCAUGCUAAAGCUUUAUGCACCAUAUCAUGGUCACAGAAGGAAUUGUUUGCAGUUUUUAUUUUAACCCAUUAGAAUGCCACAGAAUUUCACACGAGUGCCUGUGAUUGUACAGAGGAUCGAGGUUUAAUUUGUGAAUUAAUGGACGUAAAUUUCACACGGGUUAAAAAUUUUACAAUAUAUAUAAUAGUUUUAUUAUACUCAUUGAGUUUGACGUAGUUUACAUCGUAAUUAGUCUCUCCAUGUUUAAAAGGAUUUUGAUAAUUUCUUUUAUUUGUA